AUGUCAGAGACAUCAGACUCUCAAAAGGAGACUGAUCUUUCUCCAAGUCAGGCUUCUUCUGCAUCUACUGUUUCCAAUCCUAUAGAAUAUGAUGGUGAUAUGGAUAUACUUGAUGAAGACCAAAAGGUAAAUCUAAAAAUACAAAGAACUACCACCAUGACAUCCUUGGCUGAGUCUAAUGUGGAAAAUACAAGAAGAUUAUCUAAAAUUCUUACUGGUACAGUAAAUGAACCAGAAAGAAUUGCAGUAGAUUAUUCUAAUACUCUCCCUAUGGGAGGUGAUAGAGACUAUCCACCUGCACUGCCACCAAGGGAAUUAUAUGAAGUUACUUUUGACGGUCCAAAUGAUCCUCUACAUCCUUUUAAUUGGCCAAUGAAAAAGAAAGUCAUGAUCUGUGUUAUGUUAUGCUUGAACUGUAUUUGUAUCACUAUGGCAAGUAGUAUAUUUGCUUCUGGUGUUCCACAAAUCUGUGAAAUUUAUGGUAUCAUUGAAGUUGUAGCUAUCUUAGGUAUCACCCUUUUCGUGUUAGGUUUUGCCGCAUCUCCUAUUAUAUAUGCACCAAUAUCUGAAAUAUAUGGGAGAAGAGGUGUUCUAGUGAUAUCUGCAUUUGGUUUUGCUUGUUUUCAAUUUGCUGUUGCCACUGCUAAGGAUUUACAAACUAUUUUUAUCUGCAGAUUUUUCGGUGGUUUGAUUGGUGCUGCGCCAAUGGCUGUCGUUCCAGCUGCCUUUGCAGAUAUAUUCGAUACUGAUAUGAGAGGUAAAGCUAUCUGUUUAUUUUCCCUUGGUGUGUUUGUCGGUCCAAUUUUAUCUCCCGUCAUGGGGUCAUAUAUUGCUCAAAGAACUACCUGGAGAUGGUUAGAAUAUGUAGUUGGUUGUUUCUCUAGUGCUGUUUUUGCUUUCAUAUUUCUAUUUUUCCCAGAGACUCAUCACCCAUCAAUCUUAGUUCAGAAAGCUAAAAAAUUAAGAAAAGAUACAAAUAAUUGGGGGAUUCAUGCCGCUCAUGAAAAUGUCGAAUUAUCAAUUAAAGAAAUUGCUCAAAAAACUAUCACCAGGCCAUUAAUCAUGUUAGCCACUGAACCAUCUUUACUUAUCAUUUCAAUCUAUAACUCCUUUGUUUAUGGUAUUUUAUAUCUUAUGUUGGAAGCAUAUCCAAUCGUAUUUGUUGCUGGUUACGGUUAUAAGGAAAAUGGUGAACUACCAUAUAUUGCAUUAAUUAUUGGUAUGAUUUUCUGCGCAGCAUUUAUCUGGUAUUGGGAAGGUGAUUAUUUAAAAAGAGUUAGAAAAGCAGGUCAUUUAGUUCCUGAAGCAAGAUUAUAUCCAAUGGUUUUUGCUAGUAUUGUUUUCCCAAUCGGUAUUCUAUGGUUCUGCUGGACCGGUAACUAUCCAGACAAAAUCCAUUGGAUUUGUCCAACUAUUGCUGGCUCUUUUAUUGGGUUUGGUUUGAUGGGAAUUUUCUUACCGUGCUUAAAUUAUAUUAUUGAAUCAUACUUACUUGUCGCUGCCUCUGCUGUAGCUGCCAACACUUUCUUAAGAUCGUCGUUUGGUGCUGCAUUCCCACUAUUUGCUGGAUACAUGUUCCGUGGCAUGGGUACUGGUUGGGCCGGUUUGCUUUUAGGUUUAUUCGCUGCUGCCUUAAUUCCUGUUCCAUUCAUUUUCUUGAAAUAUGGCUCUCGUAUUAGAAGAAAAUCCAAGUUUGGUUUAAAUGUUUGA